AUGGGGAAAUCAAAAAGCGCCUUCAAGAAGGAGCAUCCACUCGAGAAGAGGAAGGCCGAAGCUUCAAGGAUUCGCGAAAAGUAUCCUGACAGGAUCCCCGUCAUUGUGGAGAAAGCUCCGCGCAGUGACAUACCAGAGAUCGACAAGAAAAAGUACCUCGUCCCAGCAGAGCUCGCCGUAGGGCAGUUCGUCUUUAUUAUUCGAAAGAGGAUAAAGCUUCAUCCAGAGAAGGCAAUCUUUGUCUUCGUAAACUCUGUGCUACCACCUACUGCCUCACUGAUGUCAGCUAUUUACGAAGAGCACAAAGACCCUGAUGGGUUCCUGUAUAUGACGUAUAGUGGAGAGACUACGUUUGGGCGAGGUGGACUAUGA